AACUUAAAUUUGGAGUGUAUGAAGUCCACCAUUUCAUGUGAAGGAAUUUAAACACACAUCAAAUCUCCUUGUCGUCUCUGCUUCCUUUUCUACACUCUUGAUGGCCGGCCAAAAUUUCAAUUUACACCAGAUCUCCAUAAAUUGAUUCUCAGCUAUUAGUCUUCUUCCUUCUAGAUUACUUCAAACUUCUAACUUUAUCUGAUAUAAAUUCCCAAUUGACUAUCCAUCAAUAUUCCAAUCUCUUUUUCAAUUUGGGAAAAUUGGCCGAUCUGAUCUUCAUUAAAGACUGAGUUUUUUAUAUUCCUAGAUACAAUCUUGAAAUCUUUAACCCAAAUGGUCUGUUUACAUACCUCAAUUCCUCCAAUAGACCCAAAAUUAGCCAGGGCAAAAUCCAAGAUUUCAACUCCCCACUUGAGGCAAAUCAAUCGGUUGGACAAGAAAAGAAACAUGCCGCCAAGUGAUUGUGAACAGUCUCACUCUGUUAUCAUUGAUGUAGUGAUUUUGAUUGCCGUGGUUGGUGCUUCUGGGGUGUUGUUGUAUCCUUAUAUAAAUCUUGUGGUGCAUAUACUGAUUGAAUUUUUCGAAGAAGUUUCUGAUGUGGUGAAAGAGGAAUUUUUGCGGGCUCCGAUGGUGUUUAUCUGUCUAGGGCUUAGCAUUUUUUUUGCUGUAAUUGCUCUUUUGGCAGUGACAGUUUGUACAACAGGGAGAGGAUGUGGGAGACCAGGUUGUCGUCGGCUUAAGAAAGCUGCUGAAUUUGAUAUACAGCUAGAGACAGAAGACAGUCUUAAGAAGUCAAAUUUGAUUCCAAAAACUGGAGGAGUUAAAAAGGGGAUAUUCAAGUUACCUAGAGAUUACCAUCAAGAAUUGGAAAGUGAACUUAAAAGAAUGGCUCCGCCUAAUGGUAGAGCGGUUCUUGUGUAUCGAGGCAGAUGUGGUUGCUCUAUAGGUACAAUGGAAAUUCCUGGACCAAGGAAGACUGGAAAGUUUAAGAAAUAAUUUUAGGAAGCAUAUUUUGGAUGCUGUAAUAAUCAGAUGAUGCCUUUGACUGGUAAUCUUCUCUGAAAGGAACUAGACCCUUUUAUAAGCUUAUAUAUAUAUGAGAAUAAAUUAUUACAAAGAACAGGAACUCUUAUUAUAAUGUAACAGGGGAAUCUGCCAUUUCCGCUACCAUAAUAGUGUAUUCCAUCGAUCCCCGUUCCUGUAAAUUAGUUAAGUACUAUUUGGGCCACAGAAGAUGUGUUUUGUGCAAUAGCUACAUAAACACAGUUUGACCUUGUUGA